UGCCUCCUCUCUUUCUCACUCUCUCUGUCUCACUCCAUCUCUCUCUUUCUGACUCUCUGUCCAUUCUUUCCAAAUGUCUAUUUCCUAAUGCCUCAGUCUGGUUGGAUGGGAGACGGCACAACAGCACAGUUUAAAUCUGAGAUGAAGAACAAGCAGAUGAGCAAGACAGGGAACAUCUCGAGAAAGAAAGAGAGAUGGAGGGCAGAUGGGCCAAAGAGUCCGAAUGACACACCGCACGAAAAUGGUAAGAACAGAAUGGGGAAAAAGGCCAAGACAACAUCACGUCACGUCAAAACAAACUUGGAUAGAAUGACAAAUAAACAUUUAGGAAACCAGACAAGUGGAGCACUGCAGGGGGAUGAAGGUGUGGAACUCAGAUUAAAAGACACUACACACCAACAAUGUGGCUGGUUUGGACGCAACCUGCUCCUUAACCUCACUGUGAUAGGUGUAAUAGCAGGCACGGUGCUGGGAAUGUUGCUACGGUAUGUUCCUGAUAUAAGCAUAAACAGUCUUACGCUGAUCUCCUUCCCUGGAGACAUCCUGAUGAGAAUGUUGAAGAUGCUCAUUCUGCCCCUCAUCAUCUCCAGCCUCAUUACAGGCCUAGCUGGUCUGGAUGCUCGCUCCAGUGGAAGAAUGGGCUCCAGAGCAAUGGUGUACUACAUGUCCACCACAAUAAUUGCUGCUAUUCUAGGCGUCAUCUUAGUUCUUGGAAUUCACCCAGGAAAUCCAAAACUCAGGUCCGGUCAGAUCAGCUCUACCCCCAAGAAUCAGGAAGUCAGCAGUAUGGAUGCCUUUCUAGACCUUAUCCGAAACCUUUUCCCAGAGAACCUGGUCCAGGCCUGUUUUCAACAGGUUCAAACAGUGCUGAAAAAAGAAGCAGUGCCAGUCCAGAACCAAACAGAACCAAUCCUUGUAAAUAAAAAGAAACUGGAAAUGAAGUGGGGAAUGAAUGUUCUAGGUUUGAUUGGGUUCUUCAUCACAUUUGGAAUCUACAUGGGGAAAAUGGGGGAGAGGGGGAAACUUAUGUCUGAUUUUUUCAACAUUCUUAAUGAGAUCAUCAUGAAGAUGGUGUCCAUGAUCAUGUGGUACUCUCCAGUAGGCAUUGCAUCUCUCAUCUGUGGGAAGAUUGCAGCCAUUGGUGACCUGGAAGUUAUGGCGAGGCAGCUGGGCAUGUACAUGGUCACAGUCAUAGUCGGACUCAUCAUUCAUGGUGGGAUUAUCCUACCCUUCAUAUUCUUUGCAGUGACCCGGAAAAACCCUUUUACAUUUUAUUCUGGAAUUUUCCAGGCUUGGAUCACAGCUCUGGGAACAGCCAGCAGUGCUGGGACAUUACCUGUGACUUUUCGUUGUCUGGAGGAGAAUCUAAAUAUUGAUAAGCGUGUGACACGCUUUGUGCUACCCAUUGGAGCCACUAUAAAUAUGGAUGGCACAGCACUCUAUGAGGCUGUGGCAGCCAUUUUCAUCGCCCAAAUGAACGACAUUUACCUGGAUGGAGGACAAAUUGUCACUGUUAGUAUGACAGCAACCUUGGCCAGUGUGGGAGCAGCCAGUAUUCCCAGUGCAGGUCUGGUCACAAUGUUGCUAAUCCUGACUGCUGUGGGCCUUCCAACUCAAGACAUCAGCCUGCUUGUCGCUGUUGAUUGGCUUCUUGACAGAAUGCGCACCUCCAUUAAUGUGGUGGGGGACUCCUUCGGGGCAGGCAUUGUGGACCACCUAUCACGGGCAGAGCUAGCUGUGAUUGAUGGGGAAAUUACCCUACCAGAUGAGGAGUUCAUGCCCCCUCCACCUCUCCUUACUGACAUUGACUUUAUAGACCCUCUCAAACCGCCUGAACUGCCCCCUCGCUCCCCACGUCCUCCCAAACUCAAUCAUCAUGCUCCAUCUCUAACCCCCUUGCAGUCUCAGUCAUACUCCAUCCCUCACUCACCCCGUUCCGUCCACUCUCCGUCACCUCACUCAGUCCGUUCCCCCUCCCCUCGUUCCGUGUGCUCUCACUCCCCAAGGCCUUUCCGAACACACUCCCCUCGUCUUUUAUGCAGGACAGAACCUGGAUACUGUGCCCUGCCAACUCACGACAACCAGAUUUCCACACUCCCAAGAGGCUUCCGAGAGAGAGACAAAGAACGGGAAAGAGGCAGAGAAAGGUUGAGACAACGUGAACGAGAACAGGAUAAAGGCAGUGAGACAGAGGAGGAUGAAGAGAGAGAAAUAAUGGUGGAUGAGGGAAGUGAUGGAGAGGAAAGCGAUGACACAGCGUAUGACAGACGCCACACCAUCCCACCUUGUGAUCUGCCCUAAACAAGAACUGACAAAGCUUUACCGCAUUUUCAUAAUACCCCUUCCGAAUUUCAGUACUCACCUUUCUGAAUGAAAGACUUGUUUCCAGCUAGCUGAUUUGCUUUCAUUUAUUGUCGUAUGAUUUGCUUUUACUGGAUUGGAGUAAAAAAAAGUAGCAUUGAUCGUUUAUUGCACUUGUUCUACCAGUCUUAAUUUUAUUUUGUUUUUUAAUUUUCUCUCAUAUAAUUUAUGUAGGUUACUGGGCUACAUAUGUUACUGUAGCUCAUCCACCUCAAGAUUUGAUGUGUUAUUCUGCUCUCUACAAUUGUGAGUGGUAAUCUGAGUUACCGUAGCUUUUCUGUCAGCUCAAACCAGUCUGGCCAUUCUCCGUUGACUUCCGUGUUUUCCAUCCGGAGAACUGCCACUGCUACAAUUUGUAACACUGGAUUGUACUAAACUCAAGACUGUAAAACUGAAACGGAUUUAUUCGCUUAAUGAAAGCAAUAGCCUUGACUCAUUUUAUCUGCCUUACUUAGUUUGUGUAAAUGUUUACUGCCAGUCAGGGCUGGACUGGUAAUCUGGCAUACUGGGCAUUUUCCCGGUGGGCCAACGCACUUUGGGGCCAAUCAGGGGCGGACUGGCCAUCGGGAGGACCGAGCGGGCCGGUGGGUCGGCCGUGAAACAUGCCGGAUGGACCGCGAUAAGCAAAAAUGACAGAAACCACAAAAGCGGACCACAAAAUGACAGAAAAUGACAGUGAAGUGUUGGGCCAGCUGCCAUGUAAAAUCCUUGGCCGAUUUCUCUUCCCAGUCCAGCCCUGCUGCUAGUGCAACAUAAACAAAGAAAUUACAAGAGUUAGUUCAAGUGAGUUAAAGCAAUUGGUUUCUAUAAACAACUUAAAGUUUCAAAUCUCAUGUUGUAAUAUUCUUUGGAUUGGGUUUUCCAUGUUAGGUGUUUCUGUUGACAAGGACGUCACAAGCUAUUGUGAGUAACAUGAGGAAGUUACUUCUCAUAACCUACAUGUUCUUUCCAGUUUGCAUAUCUUAAAAAUAAGAGUCAUAUAAAGUACUGUGCAAAGGUUUUAGGCACUUGUGAAAAACUUACAAAGUGAGGAAAUAGUUUUCAUUGAUCAAUUAACGUCAUACAAAGUCCAGUAAACAAAAAAAAAGCUAAAUCAAUAUUUGUUGUGAACACUUUUACCGUCAAAACAGCAACAAUUCUCCUACUUACACCUGGACACAAUUUUUCUUGAUUGUUGGCAGAUAGAAUGUUCCAAACUUCUUGGAGAAUUUACCACCGUUCUUUUAAUUAUUUAGGCUGUCUUUUCAAUCCCAGACUAACCCGAUGUUCAGUGGGGUUCUAUGAGGUCCAUGCCAUAUGUUAUUCUAUUCUAUUUACAAAAGGAAUGUUUGGGAGUAUAAAAAGAAUAUUUCCUAUUGACACACUAAAGUAGCAGAAAUAAAUAACCAUCUUAAGACAAAUGUUUUUGUGAAAAAAGAAAAGACUUUUGCACAGUACUGUAUAUGAAAUUACUUGUAAGUAAAAAUUUAUCAAUAGACUGUUUAGAAUAGUGUUUAGACAGACUUAUCACAUUAAUGUUACCAUGCCAAGUGCACAGACCGUACAUAGUAAAUUACUUUUAUACAGUCUGUCUUCUCAAAAGUUGUCCACUUUCAUGGCAUGUGGUAGUGUAAAAUAGCAAAAGCUAUUAACAACUAUAUAUAUAUAUAUGUAUGGAUAUGUAUAUAUGUGUGUGUGUAUAUAUAUAUAUAUAUAAUACAUGUAUAUACAUGUGUGUAUAUAUAUGGGGCUAUAGUUUUACAUAUUUUUAUCUGAGAUCCAGUCUAUUAUAAAGCUUUCCGUGGAGAAGAAAAUCACAUAUCUUAAUUUUUUCCCCCAGACUUUUGAGUAAGUCUCCUGCUUUUCAUAUUUUUUUACCCCUUCUGAUAAAGACCCUAGUAAUCUUAUAUGUGUCUCCUUUGGAGUUGCAGAAGAGAUCUGAACAAUUUAAAGAUUAUUCAGAAUUUCCAAAAAGUCAACAGGCAAGCAUCUUAAUAUGAUAUUUCACUUUGAACACUUCCAAGACAAUACUGUCUGAUCUAUGCUAUCAAUAAUAAUUUUAUAGUUAUAUAUACUCUAUACACUCACUGAGCACUUUAUUAGGAACAUUAUGGUCUUCUGCUGUUGUAGCUCAUCCGCCUCAAGGUUUGACGUGUUAUUCUGCUCUCUACAAUUGUGAGUGUUUUUCUGAGUUACCGUAGCCUUUCUGUCAGCUCAAACCAGUCUGGCCAUUCUCCAUGUUUCCAUCCGCAGAACUGCCACUCACUGGAUGUUUUUUUAUUUUUGGCACCAUUCGGAGUAAACUAGUGUGAAAAUCCCAGGAGAUCAACAGUUACAGAAAUAUUCAAACCAGCCCAUCUGUCACCAACAGUCAUGCCACAGUUGAAAUCACUGAGAUAAAAAAUGUUUCCCAAUUCUGAUGGUUGAUGUGAAAAUUAACUGAAGCUCCUGACCCGUAUCUGCUUGUUUUAUUCAUUGCACUGCUGCCACACAUUUGGCUGAUUAGUUAAUUGCAUGAAUAAGUAGGUGUCCAGGUGUUCCUAAUAAAGUGAUCAGUGAGUGUAUAUCUUACUGUACGUCAACAUGUCUCAUUAGUUUCGAUUUGUAUUUCUCCAAAUUUUAUUAGAAACUUCUAAGACCAAGUUGAUAUUUUAGCACAACUGAGAUAUCUGGAUUGAAGUCUCUGGAGCCAUAAAAGUGCAAUCACUGAGCAAUAAAUAUUUCCUUUGGUUUCUUUAGUUUAAAAAAUGACUUUGCUGUUAAUAUUGUUGUUAUUUGCUAAGGAUUAUCUUUAUUGUCAAGUGUUUGCAAUGUUGUACUCAAAACUAGUUAAUUUUUAGGUUGGAGUUUGCGUUUUGUUUUGUCUGACAUGUAUUUAUCGCGUUAUUAUGGUACGGUGGAUUUUAAUUAGGUUUUCCUUUUAAUUGUGUCUCUGAAACUCCUUUUGAUUCCAACUCACAGUCUCUCUUUGUCCCUCUGAAUUAAAAUUACCACAUUAGCUACUGUUUGAGAUGUAUGUAAUAAAAUCUUAACAAUUUAUGAAAUCAUGUGAGUGGUUUUAAUGUCUGUAGUGUAAGAGGUAACUACUGUAUCCCUUUGCAUUUGUAAAAAAAUAUAAGUGGAUUUUAAUGCAAGGUAUGUUUAAAUCCUGUGUUA